AUGGCGUUGACAUUUAAGAAGACAGUUCGGACAGUUCAUGUUUCGAUGUUGACGACUUUUGCUUGAAAUUUCAAAAUAUCAAACCGUUUUCAAAAUAAAUCUCGCUGUAACAAUGGAAUCCCCGCCACCAAUUGUUAACAUGGAUUUUAAUUCCACCACACCCAUGGAUCCUGCAGUUAUAAAAGCUGUGCAUGAAGCCUGCAUUAAUUUGUGGACGAAUCCCAGUAGUGGCUAUGCAACUGGUUGUCAUGCAAAGAAAAUGAUCGAGGAGAGUCGACAUCGAGUAGCCAAAAUGAUCAAUUGUACCGAUUAUGGUGAUAAUAUUAUCUUUACAUCCGGUGGCACUGAAACAAACAAUUGGGUAAUCUACUCAGUUAUCGAAUCCUUCAACAUAUUUGCAAGACUUAAACAGGACAGUCACUGCGUUCCUCAUAUCAUAACAACGAACAUUGAACACGAUUCAGUGAGACUAAUCUUGGAAAAACUUUUAUCGGAUGGGAAGCUAGAAGUGACAUUCGUCGAAGUAUCGAAAGCAACUGGUUUUGUUUCCGCCCAGGAUGUCAUUGAUGCGAUUCGAUCGAAUACCGUGUUGAUUACUGUGAUGCUGGCGAAUAACGAAACAGGAAUAUUUCAGCCCGUUGCUAGAAUAUCCGAAUUAUUGACAACAGUCAACGAGCGACGCUUGGGAAAGGAAAUAUAUUUGCAUACAGAUGCGGCUCAAGUUAUUGGUAAGAUCAAGGUCGAUGUUGGAAAAUUGGGCGUCGAUUAUCUUACGAUUGUUGGCCACAAGUUCUAUGCUCCGAGGAUAGGAGCUCUUUACCGAAAAAGUCAUGCUCCACUGCAUCCAAUAUUUUUCGGCGGUGGGCAGGAAGACGGAUUACGGCCAGGAACCGAAAAUACUCCAAUGAUCAUUGGUCUGGGAGUUGCUGCAGAACUCGUCUAUGAUAACAUUGAUCGAUACGAGAACCAUAUGACAUCCCUUCGGCAAGGCAUGGAAACGAAAUUAAUUGACAGAUUCGGAUCACUAGUGACGAUCAACGGUCAGCACUGUAGCACAUACGGACGCUUACCGAACACUAUAAGCCUCACGUUUACCGAUUCGAAAUUGAAGGGAUCAGAGAUUCUCAGUAAAUGUAAAACACUUCGCGCCUGUGUUGGUGCCGCUUGCCAUUCCGGUCAGUUGAAACCAUCAGCUGUGUUGAUUGCAUCAGGCGUUGAUCGGAGUCUAGCUUCGUGUACUAUUAGAUUAAGUUUAGGUAGAGAAAGUGAAGAAUCUGAUGUUGAGAUAGCUGUAAGCGAACUGGAAGCGGCUGUAAAAUCUAUUCUGGGUGCGUCUGUGAUUUCAUAAAUCUUGUUUGAAUAAAUGGCGGCCUUGG